UACUCGAUGAACGUUUUACAGUGUUUGCUUGACAUCGAUAGUAAUCGUAAAAAUAGUUGUGACUUCAAUCACAAUGCAAUGGUUAUUUACUCGACUAAUUAUUCACUCACGUCUUUUCCAAACUAUUGUUGUUUUUCUUUCUUUAUAAAGGCCCAAUCACACAGAGAACGAUAAAGAUUGCUUUAGCAAUACCUUGAAUUGUUGUUUGUAGCAACUGUAAUCCUUGUUGUGUGCUGCGGAGGCACUAGAGAUCACAGCUGACAGAUCACAGGAAGCUCAGACACGUAUGAUCUGACGAGGGCUGUGGCUUUGCCAUUAACGUGUUAUAUAAUUUCAUUCAGAGUGUUUGAAUCGUAAAUCAUUUGUAUUCGUGGACAUUUUUGAUCCUUCUAAAGCUUCGAUGAUGGCUGAGUCAAGUGGCAGAUAUCAGCAGCUGCCCAGUGAGGAAGACCCAGAGGAGGGGCCUCAGGUGUGCAUCGAUGCCCCGCCCCCUUACAGCAGUAUUGGAGCAGACAGUGAAUCUUAUUUUGAUUACAAAGACGACGCUGCAUUUCCCAAACCCCCAUCCUACAAUGUAGCCACCACGCUUCCAUCAUACGACGAAGCGGAGAGAACCAAAGCAGAAGCUACCGUCCCGCUGGUAUCAGGCCGACACAGGGAGCGUCUGGACACGUUUGAUGAUGUAACUCGGUGUGCGCUGGAGGAUGAGGACUUUGUGGCGAGGGACGACUUUGAGGACGCUGACCAGUUGCGGAUAGGCAACGAUGGCAUUUUCAUGUUGACGUUCUUCAUGGCAUUCCUCUUUAACUGGAUCGGCUUCUUUCUGUCAUUCUGUCUGACCACCUCCGCAGCCGGCCGGUAUGGUGCUAUAUCUGGCUUCGGUCUGUCGCUAAUCAAAUGGAUCCUCAUCGUACGGUUUUCUACAUAUUUCCCGGGCUACUUUGAUGGACAGUAUUGGCUGUGGUGGGUGUUUCUGGUGCUUGGCUUUCUGCUUUUCCUCCGAGGCUUCAUCAACUAUGCCAAGAUACGCAAAAUGGCAGACUCCUUUUCAACUCUUCCACGGACCAGAGUCCUCUUCAUCUAUUAAAGAUCUCUUAACUCUUCCAGCCGUCAUCACUGUUUGUUGUCCUGUGGAAUCUCUUCUCUGGGAUGGACGGUGAGUCAUACACUCCCCCGUUGCUGGUCCUCUCUGCCAGGAGUGGGAUCUCCAUGGAAUCACUUAUUCUUGCCUGACUAACCCAUCUCUGGUCAGGCUCUUCCUGCCUCCACACUGGCCAGGCAGGAGACAUCAGUGCAUCAUCCAGAAUAUAUUAUGCCUGGACCAAGCAAGGAAAAAUGUCUUAUGAGAAAGAUGCAUGGUGUAUGUAGUUCAAUGGAAUAAUUCUGAACGGUAACUGGAUUAGGUAAUUGUUGUUGAGGAUGGCCGUAAAGUAUAUUUUGAAUUAAUUCCUUUAGAUUUCUUGCAAUGUUUUAAAGCACAGCACAGUCAUAAGUAUUAACACUGUUCAGAAAAUCUACCCUAGAAUCUUUACACAUUCAACUAGAAUAGACCAAAUCAAUUUAACUAAGACUUUUCAUUUCACGUUUUUGAUAAUUGUGAUUAAUCACACUAUACAUUUGUCUUUAAGUAUGAGCAAUCCCUGUGUCCGAACCCAUGGCCUUGGCGUUGCUAGCUCCAUGCUCUAGCCAAUGAGCUACAGGAAAGCAUAUCACAACGAUUCAGUGACAUCAUCUGUGCAUACGCAAAAAUGUAGCAGUCUUAUGAUAUGUUUUAAACAAAAAUAUCUAAUGAUUCAUAACGAAGUUGAGCUGUUAUGGCAAAAAUUGGUGGAGCAAAACGACUCAAAGAUAAAUAAAUUAGACGUGAUAAAUGUUACACAACACAUUAAAACACGACAGCAUUUUUCAUCGUCGUUGUCCUUCUGAAACCAGAUAUUUCCAAAUUCACUGUUUUUCAGAAAAUGAAAAAAAACUACUUUUUAAAUGAUUGCAUACUGUGUUGUCAAAGUUAACAGGCACUUUUGAAUACUUAUUAUUGAUUAAAUAUUUGCGAAACCCAGGGACAAAUGGGGACGAAUAAACAAAAUCACAAAAUGUGGAGAUACAAGGUUUCAGAGGCACAGCGAUAUGUAAUAUAAAUACUGUAUAAUAUAUAAUGGCACGGGAAUACCGGUUUCAGGGUAUACCGAGGAUUAAAAGAGUUAAUGUUUCAAAUCCACUACAAUUUUCUGUGAUACCGUUUGUAAGGUAUGAGCUGUGUUUAGGGAAAAAGAAAUAAAUAAAUCAUGUAAUUCAA